UUGCAGUUGAGGGCACAACAUAUGUAAGUAAUAUGUGCGUCUCACCGACGGGAAGAGCGAUAAACAACAGACCGACAGGAGCAACUUUAUAAGAGAAAGUUGCUGCAGGGUAUCUAUAUGAGCGCCGGCUAUUGCAGACAAUGUACAGCAUCUGUCCCCGUUUAUCCCAAGGACCGCCAGGGUCCGAAACCACGACAGCUCUUGACAUUCAGGCAUAUCUGGAAGGGGGCAACCCGGUUGUUUCUCUGCAGAGAUCAGCCAUCUUACAGCAGAUGAUGUCCUCAAGGCACAGACUGCAACCCUACCACCCUCCGUGCCCCCUCUCUCUAGAAGCAGAGAUCAAAAAAGAUGUGGCGACACACAAGUUGUCGAUCUUGUUCAAUUUGAUGGGCCGCUUGGGGAUUCCAUUUUCACCGAAGCCCGGCGACAGACCACCCUAACCCAUUUCUCUCUAGAAGUCCCGCUCUCAUUGAUCCAGAGGUGGGGCUCCACAUUCUCCCACGAUUAGCGACUGCACAGGGGGUGCUCGAACGGGAAAAAGAAGGGGCACGAGGCACCUGAUGGAUGUAUACUGCCAUUUGUUGAUCUGUCACACUCAAUUCACUCCCCUCAGCCCUUUGCAGAGGAAAGCUGCCCCGUUUCACUUUGCCCAAGAAAAACAUUCCUGUCUCCUGGUCAGAACCGCCGGGCAAUUGGAAAUUGGUCCAAUGGGGUCAAACCGAGGGCAUCCUGGUCGACCUGGUGAACCUGGUCAGAGUCGCAGGCUAGCCAUCCCAACCCCUGGGUACCUGCUGGCUGCUGCUGCUCCCCUCCCCCUCUCCAGACACUCCUGGUUUGCACGGUUCGUCCCUUGCUUGACCUCGUCCAACCCUGACCCGACUGGCCUCCUCGGAGGUGAUAUCGUCUCUUUCUGAAGAACAGAUAGAAGUCCUUCCUCUUCUUCUUCUCUUGCCCUUCUGCCUUCUGUUCCCCACCGCUUCUCCUUGUCGUUUGCUGCUGGCUACCAGGCUGUUUGUUUGAGGUGGUGUCGGUUGCUGUUCGUUUGGAAUAGACCCCCUUGCAGCGAUCGCUUCCAGGUUCGAGCUGGUACCGGGGAGCCAGAAGACGAAGAAAGCGGAACCGUGGACCGCCAGUUCGCCUUUUUUUUUCUUUUCACGAUGCGCGCUAUCUUUAAUGCUUAAUACCUUCUCCCGAUUGUCACGAUCGUCUUUGGUUCUGAUACGACAAUCGCACCGACAACAACCUCGCCCGUGGCCUUUCUCGACAACUGCGGCAAGAUGGAGGGAUACUUGAGCGUGCCCCCGGAUAGGGGCACGAUCAUUGGGAGGGCGUUGUGGAAGCCUCGAUAUCUGGUUGUGGGUGGCCCCCAGCGGGACCGGACGGCCGGUAUCAUGCGCGCGCCGUCCAACAGGAGCUCGGCUCCCAGGGAGCUGUUCAGAGUGCCAUCCGAAGGCAUCUAUCUGUCGAUCUACAAGUCCAAAGACGACCAAGAACCUUCACAGCAGUACUCAAUCAACAGCAUCACCGACUGUCAGGUGCAGAUGAUGGCCCAUCGUAAACAAGGACCUGUCCUCCCGACUCUGGUCAUCAACAUUAUUCCAGACCCGAUUGCGGACAAGCUGCGGAAGCGACGCUCAAGUCGUACGGCUGGCUUCACGUCCAACAAGGACACAGGACCGGCACAGCUGUUGUUCCGUCCCCUGGAUGAGCAACAGCAACAGCAGCAGCAGCAGCAGCAGCAGCCCAGACACAAUCUCCAGGACUGGUCUCGCUUCAUCCAGCAGCUCAUUCAGCCCAAUAUGCCGCCAGGCAGAGCGCCCCUGAGCCCGGUCACGCCCGCUUCGCCAACAUUUGUCAACCCUUUUACCCGUCCAAGGGAAUUAAGCGACAGCCAGAGGCCAGGCAGCGGGAAUGCUGGACCGCGACCCGGAUUCACCAGGGGCCACACGACGCACUCUGGGCGCGACCGCCCUGUGACUUUCUCGGAUUCACCAAGUCUGCGAUCCAAGCGAAGUGAUCUUUCGUCGGCCACGAGCUCGAUUCAGACGCACCAUAUGGCUUUCCAGAAUUACACCACUAUGCUCCCGGCCGACCUCCCGUCCCCGGCCACCACCGUUGGCGAGUACCAGGGCGAGUUUAUCGAGGGGUGGACGUCGGCACAAGGGCGGUCCUCGGCUCUCAGCUCACCGGUGAGGGAACGGGGGAGUGUCAGUUCGGGCCCAACACCACUUGCGCCUAUUAUGGAUGCCGGUACAUCGCCUCCAGGGCCACGGGAAACUAUUCUGGACCGUGCUUUCCAAAUGCGGCGCAUUCCCGGCUCGGAACGCGAAGUUCCUGGUGAGGAGAAACUGACUUCAUUGGCCCGAUUUGAUGCUCUUAUGCGAGACAUGGAUGACAAAAGGAGGCAGCGAGAAGCUGAGGAUGCCAGGCGGAAGGCAGAGACAGCCGCCGCGGCUUCAGCGUCAGUUUCAGCCCUGGACGAACAAACUGGGCUGAAAAGCGCUUGGGACUUGGAUGAUGAUUCCUCGGAAUAUGACGACGAUGAUGAUGACGAUAGCGAUGGGGCAUUUGAUGAGGCGGAUUUGGAUGGUGACCGGUUUUCAUCCCACCACAGUUCGGCUCAGCGAGCCUUGAAUUACAUUUCUGGACGACCAGACCUACGAGACCGACCUCACCCGCCACCAAGAACUCACUCGAUCAAGACCCCGCUUAGUUAUAACCAUGAGGCUCUGAUGGCAUUGUCAUCAAGUAGCGGUGUUCGACCCCAGACAGGCUACUCUGGCAACCGGACGAGGCCAGGCAUGUCUCAAAGAACACACUCCCAACCACAGCUGGCGACCAUCAUUGCCUCUUCUCCCUCAACGGCGCUGGCCGAGGAUUCACUGUCCAACCUCGGCCCCGGCUCGCCGCCUCCUCUGCAACGAAGCCAGACGGAAAAGCGGCAAUCCAACUCGAGCGCCAAACGCCUGAGCUUUAGCGAAUUCACCAAGAGGCUGAGCAGCACGAGCAGCUUAUUGCUGGUCCAGACCAACACAAGCAACACCAGCAGCCGGGGGAGCAACGGCGAAGCGGCCGACCCUCCCAUGCCGCAAUCACCACCUCAGAGUCUUCACCACCUCCAUCCCCGGGCUGCUCCACCAGCACCCCUGCCACCGCAGUCGCCAACUUCGAUGAGCGAGCGUGAUCGCUGCGGAUGGCGCGGCAGCGCAUUCCGCGAGGACAGAACCCCAGUCCCGCGGAUCCCUACAUCCAUCGCCGUGGCAGACCAGCAACCCCCAACCCUCAACACUACGUCAGCCACCUCCACCACCACCACUGCGAGUCCUCCCCAAGCCUCGACGAUAGCAUCGUUGUUGCAGCCCGCUCCGCAGGCCCCCUCGGCUGGAAUCACCUCUGCCACCACCGCUGCCGCUUCCAACCCUCCCAACCUGACGACAACACAGCAGAUAUUAGGAAGGAGGCAGCGGGGCGACGAGUCUGAGGACCUGCCUUCUCAAGGCGAAGACGCCACCGCCGGCAUUUUGUUACCUCAACAACAACCAACACGACGGAACAAGAGAUUACGAACUGGAGAAGAAGACAUGAGAACCGACUACGAUUCCCAACCCUCAUCAUCAUCAUCAUCAUCAUCCUACAGAGCCGGUUGGGCUUCCAACGGUUCAGCUUUUAGACGCAACAAAAGCAACACCGAAACCGGAAACGGUAACAACAACAACAACAACAACAACAACAACAACAACAACAACAACAAUAACGAGGAAAUGUACUCGUCCCUCCACCUCCGAGGCGGCGUCCCGCCAGAUUACUUCGGUCACGACCGUGAGGAAGUUACGAGGAUUCUUAUACAAGCUCUGGAUGACUUGGGGUAUGCCGAUGCGGCCCAGAUAGUCUCGCAGCAGUCGGGGUACGAGGUCGAGUCACCAAACGUGGCGGCUUUCCGGGCGGCAGUGCUGGAGGGGAGAUGGGACAAUGCGGAGAGCCUGCUUUGGGGGGCGGGGGGAGGGGGACUGGGAGGGUUGAUUCUCGCUCCUGGGGCAGACCGCAACUCGAUGAGGUUCAGACUUAGGCAGCAAAAGUUUCUGGAGCUUCUGGAGAAGGGCGAGAGGAACAAGGCGUUGGCGGUCCUGAGGAGAGAGCUGACGCCGCUUUGCAAGGAUCAGCCGCAUAUUAUCAGCACCUUGAGUAAGUAUCUAAUGUGUCAAGACCAGGAGGAUCUGAGGCGCAAGGCCGAGUGGGAUGGGGCCGGAGGGGAUAGCAGACGGAAGUUGUUGAGGAAGCUAUCUGAAUCCAUAUCACCCUCGGUGAUGCUCCCCGAACAGAGACUUGCUGUGCUUCUCAACGAUCUGAAAAACAACCAGAUAGAAAAGUGUCUCUAUCACACGACGACAAACCCGCCGUCGCUCUACUCGGAUCACCGGUGCGAGCACUCUCAGUUCCCAACCGAGGUCAUGGUGGAGCUGGAUAAGCAGCAGGGAGAGGUGUGGCAGAUAAGGUUCUCGCCCAACGGCGAACGCCUCGCAACCUGCGGCAGUGCCAAGGGUAUUUGCAUCUGGAACACGCAGACGUUUAACCACGUGCGUGUGAUCAACACGCACGACGCUGAGGUGUCCAACAUUGCGUGGAGCCCCGACAGCACGAUGCUUUUGAGCUGUAGUAUGGAUGGGCAGGCCAAGGUGUGGAACACGCAGACGGGGGAACUGGUCGUGGCGCUCGAGAAGUUUGGGGAGCCAGUCAGCAGUGCUGGGUGGCUGCCGGAUGGGAGGACCUUCAUUACUGGGUCUCUUGACAAGGCCAAGUCGCUGUGUGAGUGGGACCUGUCUGGAAGUUUGCUCUACAACUGGACCAGGCGGCAUAGGACCGAGGACCUGGUCGUGUCGGCGAAUGGGGAGUGGCUGGUGGCCAUGGACGACAGGCGCGGCGUGCAUAUCUACCACAUCCCUCGUCGGGAGUACGAGGUCGACCUGAUACUGGAGAGCAGGCUCACUAGCGUCAGCCUGAGUCAGGACUCAAAGUGGUUGUUGGUCAACACGGUCGAUGACGAGGCGCUGUUGUACGACUUUGGGACGAAGGAGGUGUUUCAAAAGUACAAGGGGCACACGGGGGGCGAGGUGAUUAUCCGGGCGGGGUUUGGGGGAGCGGGCGAGAACCUUGUGAUCAGCGGGAGCGAGGACGGGAACGUGUUUGUCUGGCACAGGACGACGGGGCAGUUGGUGCACAAGAAGAUGGCGCAUAGCCCGAGGGUGAAUUCGGUUUGUUGGAAUCCGAGGGAUGCGGGGAUGUAUGCUACUUGUGGGGAUGAGGGGAGGGUGAAAAUAUGGACGAGUCCUGAGCGGGCGAGACAAUGGGCUGCUGCGAGGGCGCAGUCGGUCCCGGGGCAGAGGUCGACGACUAAUGGGACAUCGGGUGAGGGGCCUUCUAGGACAGGUGCGGCGAAUGGCUGGGGGUUAAGUGGGAAUGGGAGUGGUGGUGCUGGUGGGGGGCCUGGAGGAGAGGGGGGUAAUGAUGAGGAGGAUGGGGAGGAGGAAGAAGGGGAAGAGGGAGAGGAGGAGGAAGUGGGGGCUCAUGAGUUGGCUUAG